CGUAAGCGAGAGAGAGAGAGAGAGAGAGAGAGAGAGAGGAGCAUUGACGUUCUCUUGAGAACUCGCGGAGAUGGAGAUGGAGGCGACGGUGCGGAACGUUCUCGAGCAGGAGACCUUGAAGUGGGUCUUUGUCGGUGGCAAGGGCGGCGUCGGUAAGACCACCUGUAGCUCCAUCCUCUCCAUCUUGCUGGCCUCCGUGCGCCAAUCCGUCCUCGUUAUUUCCACUGACCCCGCCCACAACCUCAGUGACGCAUUCCAGCAGCGAUUCACCCGCAUCCCCACCCUCGUCAAUGGAUUCUCCAACCUCUUCGCCAUGGAGGUGGAUCCUAAAGUUGAAAAUGAUGACUUAACAAAUGAUGAAGGGAUGGAUGGUUUUAUAUCAGAAUUAACCAAUGCAAUACCUGGAGUUGAUGAGGCUAUGAGUUUUGCUGAAAUGCUGAAAUUAGUACAAACAAUGGAUUAUUCAGUAAUAGUAUUUGACACAGCUCCAACAGGACAUACACUUCGGCUACUCCAAUUCCCAUCAACUUUGGAAAAGGGAUUAGAAAAAAUGAUGGCCUUGAAAAAUAGAUUUGGUGGCCUGCUGAGUCAGGCAACUCGUUUGUUUGGUCUUGGAGAUGAAUUCAGUGAAGAUGCAAUGUUAGGGAAGCUUGAAGGCAUGAAAGAUGUGAUAGAACAAGUGAACCGGCAAUUCAAAGAUCCGGACUUGACAACCUUCGUCUGUGUCUGCAUUCCAGAAUUUCUUUCUCUUUAUGAAACAGAAAGGUUGGUGCAGGAGCUGGCAAAGUUUGAGAUUGAUGCUCACAACAUAAUCAUCAAUCAAGUACUCUUUGAUGAAGAAGUGGUUGAAUCAAAGUUGUUGAAAGCACGAAUUCGGAUGCAACAGAAAUACAUAGAUCAGUUCUACAUGUUAUACGAGGACUUCAAUAUAACUAAGCUGCCAUUGCUUCCACAAGAGGUAUGUGGAGUCGAAGCUCUGAAAAGAUUUUCACAGCACUUCUUAUCACCAUAUCAGUCUCUGCUGGUGCGGGGCACUGUCGAAGAGUUGGAGCAGCGAAUUUCAAUCUUGAGAUCACAACUGCAGGAAGCAGAAUUGGAGCUGGAAAGGCUGCAGAAAGGCAAACAAGUAGCGUGUUUCACCUCGGCUUCUUCAUUGCUGGAUCCUUUUUGAGGUCACAACUAGAAGAUAGACUGAAGACUGAAAACCACAAAAAUUUUAAAACUGAAGCCAUGUUAAAGGCAUGUUUUGCCUGCUUGAUAUCCGGGCGAGUCUUUUUAUUGCAUUAUGUGUUUAGUAUUUCACAAGGACUAUUUUUACUUAGUUUACUGUGCUAAAUCAUUUUUUUG